CCCGGAAUUCCUGAGGCUUGGGCUCCUCCUUAUCCCGAUUUUCAGAGGCCGCGGCGAGCGAGGAAUCGGCGGAGCCCGACGGGAAGGAUUCCGAGGAUUCCUGCGUUCUCCUCAUCUCCAACCUCCCCGACAAGGGAUAUUCCGAGGAGGAAAUCUCCAACCUGGCCAAGCCCUUCGGGGGCCUCCGGGAUCUGCUCAUCCUCUCUUCCCAUAAAAAGGCGUACCUGGAGAUCUCCCGGAAAGCCGCGGAUUCCAUGGUGAAGUUUUACGGAUGUUUCCCGAUUUUCCUGGACGGGAAUCAGCUGCAGAUCCGGCCCGAGCCUCGGCACGGCUCGCUCCGAGACGAGGAAGCGAUUUUCACUGCCCUCAUCAAGGAUUCCAAUCCCAAGCUGGAUUCCUCCUCUCUCCGUGCUCACCUGGUGCUCCUGGGGAAUCUCCCAGCCGAUGGAUUCCGGGAGCUGGAGGUUGUUUGCGCGGGGCUGCGUUUUGGAAAGGUGGAGCACUACGCCGUGCUCAGCAACCGGCACCGGGCCAUCCUGCAGCUGGACAGCCCCAAAUCGGCGCGGGCCAUGCACAGUUUCCUGCAGCAGUAUCCCUACACCAUGGGCGAGCACACACUCACCUGCUCCUUGUCCUGCCACGGAGACUCUCCUGAG